AUGCAUCUAAUGACUGUCUCUUGUGGAAGGCCAAACUAUCAAGGAAUCAGAGACGUAAAGAAACCACUUGAUCAAAGUUUAACGAUGAUCAAAUCCGCUGCUCUCUUUGCCCAUCAACGUCUGCAUAUCCACGUGUUUACCGAGGAAGAUAUGGCUCCUCUAUUUGAGGGCGAGUUGGAAUCGUGGCCGGACUCGAUCAAAGAACGAACGGAAUAUUCAAUCAACAAAAUCGACUACUCCCAGCUCCCGCAAGACCUCAUCGCCGAGUGGAAAUCGUGGUACAAGCCAUGUGGCAGUUUUCGUCUUCUGACACCGAUGCUGCUUGGAGAGACGGGGGUCACCGAUGCUGCGAUUUACGCCGACUCAGAUGUGGUCUUUACGAAGCCAAUUGAUCAGCUUUGGGCGAAGCUGAAAACAUUUUCGCCUACGGAAGUUAUGGCGAUCGCCCCUACCGCUGGUCAUGCUCUUGGAGGAUCGAGAUACAAUGAGAAUUUCAUUCUUCAUGAUACCGGGCUAUUCCAGAUCAAUUCCGGAGUCAUGGUGAUGAACUUUACGAGAAUUCUCAACGGCAAGUGGAAACUGUCUUACGACGAACAAGGCCGUGAAAAACCCGGCCCUGCUCUUGGCUACGGAUCAGAACUGCUUCUGAAGUAUUACAGAAAAUAUAAAGAUCGGGCGGAGCACGAUCAAAAGCUUUUGAAUAUCAUGUUUCAUUUCAACCCUGACAUGCUGCAUCAACUCGAGUGUUCCUGGAAUUUCAAGAAUAAUUUCUGUAUCGACGACGGAAACGUCUGUAAGGACGCUGAAGAGAACGGGGCAGGAGCUGUGCAUGGAAUUACCUCUGCUUUCUUCGGCGAUGUGAACCCGACCUUCCGUGGUCUUUACGAAGCGUUCUUGAUGUACAACUGGGACGAAGACUUGCACGAAAAUCUGAUGGACCCAUUCAGAAACGCAGUUCAACGGCGCGGGAGUGGAACAUACUGUGCAACGAAAUACAAGCUACUAGCAGAUCCACUAGAAGAGUCAAUCAAAUCUGCCAAUUUGUAA